AUGGCCACUGCCAACACAACAAGCAAAGCGGCUCGCACAGGAGCCCCACUCGCCCUCCCUCUCAAUCUCCCGAAAUGGCUGUCGGAGAACUCGCAUCUCCUUCAACCRCCAAUCAACAACUACUGCGUCUACUCGGACCCAAUGACAGUGAUGAUCGUGGGCGGCCCCAAUGCACGCACCGACUAUCACAUCAACGAAACCCCCGAGUUUUUCUACCAGUACAAAGGUCGCAUGCUUCUCAAAACCAUCCAAACGAUUGACGGAAAGGAAGAGUUCGUGGACGUCUACAUAAAUGAAGGGGAACUCUUCCUCCUACCCGGCAACACACCACAUAACCCUGUCCGAUUCGCGGAUACGGUGGGCGUGGUGAUUGAACAGCCACGGCCCGAGGGAAGUGUGGAUAAGUUGAGGUGGUAUUGUCAGGAUUGUGGGGAGAAGGUGUAUGAAGCUGGCUUCCAUUGCACGGAUUUGGGGACACAGAUCAAGGAGGCUGUGAAUGCUUUCAAAGCGGAUGAGGAGAAGCGGAAGUGUGGGAAUUGUGGGGUGAUUUGUGAUACGGCACCCAAGGAACCGGAGAUGGAGAGGAUGCGCACGGCUGUGUCUUGA